GUCGAACGCGGAGCACCGGAGCGUGUCCGCCGAUUCGUACAUAUUUGGCGGCGGCGGGCCGCACGGCGCACUUUGGAGCUCGGCUCCGGUCAUCUCAGACAGAGCGUUCGUCCACGAUGGGGCCCUUGACCGCGUUGUUCGCCGCGCUGCUCCUCGUCGCGGUGGCGAACGCAGCUGCGACCAACUCCACUAGCUCCAGCUCCAGCUCCGACUGCCGCCCUCCGGGGAUGACGGGAAACUCCACCGGGGGACCUCCUUCGGGACCGCCACCAGGACCGCCACCGGAUGGAAAAUGCCCACCUCCGCCCGGCGGAGUGCCCACGGGGAUGCCGUCAACUGUGUCGCCGUCAUCCAGCAGCCGAAGGAGGCGGUCUCCCCACGACCCUGAGAACAACGGCCAGCAGCCCAACGGAGGCAUGCCCCAAGGCAGCCCACCCAGUGGACAGCGCGAUGGACAGCAGGGAUCCGGAAACCAGCAACAGGGCGGUCGCAUGAGGAGGUCUCCCCACGACCCUGAGAACAACGGCCAGCAGCCCAACGGAGGCAUGCCCCAAGGCAGCCCACCCAGUGGACAGCGCGAUGGACAGCAGGGAUCCGGAAACCAGCAACAGGGCGGUCGCAUGAGGAGGUCUCCCCACGACCCUGAGAACAACGGCCAGCAGCCCAACGGAGGCAUGCCCCAAGGCAGCCCACCCAGUGGACAGCGCAUGGACAGCAGGGAUCCGGAAACCAGCAACAGGGCGGUCGCAUGAGGAGGUCUCCCCACGACCCUGAGAACAACGGCCAGCAGCCCAACGGAGGCAUGCCCCAAGGCAGCCCACCCAGUGGACAGCGCGAUGGACAGCAGGGAUCCGGAAACCAGCAACAGGGCGGUCGCAUGAGGAGGUCUCCCCACGACCCUGAGAACAACGGCCAGCAGCCCAACGGAGGCAUGCCCCAAGGCAGCCCACCCAGUGGACAGCGCGAUGGACAGCAGGGAUCCGGAAACCAGCAACAGGGCGGUCGCAUGAGGAGGUCUCCCCACGACCCUGAGAACAACGGCCAGCAGCCCAACGGAGGCAUGCCCCAAGGCAGCCCACCCAGUGGACAGCGCGAUGGACAGCAGGGAUCCGGAAACCAGCAACAGGGCGGUCGCAUGAAGCGUUCUCCCUGUAACGGGCGUGGACAGGUGCCUGCCGUGCCAGUUGGGCAAGGCCAGGUCGCGGGAGGACAGCAACCUAGUACGGCCGGCGCCCAGAGUGGAUCUGGAAACCAAACCCUGGCGGCUAGCCGUAUGAGGAGGUCUGCCUACAACGCCGAUAGCAACCGUCAGGAAAGCGCAGGCAUGCAGCAGGGCGGUCUCGGACAGCAGCCUAUGGGGCAGUCCGGACAGCCGCCGGCAAGGCCCGACCAAGAGCAGUCUGAGAGGGGUGGCCAGGGCGAAAGUAACCAGCAAGGGCGCUUCAGGCGUUCCCCACUGCCUGUGGCGAUGGCCUAUUUCAACUAGAUUUUCUCGUGUUGUGAAUGCUAAUAUGAAAUUCUGUGAUCAAAAUGGCUUCUCUGUCAAUGUAGCUACUUUAGCAAUACUCUGUUUAUGGUAAGGUUUGAUUUUGAUAAGGUUCUGGCUCUGCAGCUCUGAAAUAUACAUUAUUGUUUUGAUUGAAUCUAA